CUUUCAUCUAAUUGGAUGAUAAGUGGGUGCAUUACUGUUGAGCCCGGAGCCAAAACGCUUGCGCGGCCUUUUUUCUGCGGAAUCCGCUGGCGUUUUGCAUCUCAAACCCCAUUUGCUAAUGCACCUGCCCAAUAGCAAGAGCCGAGCGCGUUUUAACUCGGGUGGCAUUCCUGUUUUUUCCAUCAUUGCGAUGCAGCGCAAGUUUGACGCGCUUGUCUCCGCGUCCACCUGAGGAGCCGACUGGCUCUCCUGAGUUUUUACCUCUUUGAUUUAACAAAGACAAACAAAUCAGCCGAUUAUCUUUAAAGCCGCUUUUAGGAUUUUUGUCUAUGGUGAUCCUCAUCCAAAAGUGAACGGCGAUGGCAGACUCUGAUGCGCAAGAGGCUCGCCAACCCGCAAAAGACUCGCCGUUCUCCAUCAAGAACCUGCUGAACAUUGAAGACAAGCCCUCCAAGCCAAAGAACGGGCUCGGUUCGUCCAAAGGAGUUUUUGAAAGCAGCUUCUUUACUCGACUUGGAGAUUUGUCCCUCCCUCGGUUUGAGCUGCCCGCUCAGAGAAUCGGACUGCCGGCGCAGUAUUUGGAAAGAGCGUCAGCCUGGUGGUACCCAUAUGCGCUCGGGACGCACUUCAGGACAGCGGGAGCUGAAAAGGUGAACCAGAGGGAGACAUCACCAAUACUGGACAGGCACACCCCAGAUCCCCCCAAAAGUGACCAAGAAUCCAAAGAGGAAAGCGCAGACGACGAAAUAGCGCUGGAUGAGAGUGACGCAGAGGAGCCAAAGAAAGAAACCGACCAAGAGGAUGACUGGAUGAGGAAAGGCGACGACCUGGACUCUGAGAAGAAGCCCUGUCGGAAGAAGAAGACGCGCACAGUGUUUUCCAGGAGUCAGGUCUUCCAGCUGGAGUCCACCUUCGACAUCAAGCGCUACCUGAGCAGCUCGGAGCGCGCGGGCCUCGCCGCGUCGCUGCACCUGACCGAGACGCAGGUGAAAAUCUGGUUCCAGAACCGCAGGAAUAAGUGGAAACGGCAGCUGGCCGCGGAACUGGAGGCGGCCAAUAUGAGCCACGCGGCGGCGCAGAGGAUUGUAAGGGUCCCCAUACUUUACCACGACAGCGGGGCCCCAGAAACGACCGGGGGCCCCGGGACAAACUCGCCCGGCAGCCAGUCGCUGCUGUCUUUUCCCCACCACAUGUACUAUUCCAAUGCAGUGCCGCUUCUCAGGCCAGUUUAAGGAUUUUGUUUGAGACAAUGUCACUGUGUUUUUAAAAAGAAAAAAGGAAAAACCAGAUAACAUUUUGUAUAUUUUGUAGAUUUAAAGGGUAAAAGUAGUUAUUAUUAUUAUUAUUAUUAUUAUUAUUAUUAUUAACUACAAAAUAUGACUUCAGCUAUUAAUAUGUAUGUUUUUUUUUACUGGUUUAAAAAAGGGUUGAAUGUCUCUAUGUAUUUUUGAAAGAACUGUGUCCGUAUUUGAAUUUUAAAAAUGUGUCAUUAAAUAAUUUGUUAUUUUUGAUUAUUGUGCAAUAAUGCUGCCGUAUACAGGCAAAGGGCCCUGUCAUUCAUUGCUCAUUUUAAAGAGAUGGAGAGGAUUUUUUUUGCUUUGUAAAUGUGAGGACAAUCAUUUAAGCCUUCAAAAAAUAGCUGCAAGUAUUAGAGGCAUUUUAAAAGCUAUAAGGCAAU